GUGGUCGCACCUGCCAGCUGAGGCCUGACGUGUGUGCCGCCUGUUGGUGCACGUCACGGCACGGCCCGCGCUGACGCAACCAUCAUUCCCUGGGCCACGGCGCCUCCUUCCCUGGGCCAGUCUCGUCGUGGAGCUGUACUCGUCUGAACCCCGUGAGCUGACACCUUAAGGGAACCAGGCAACACGUGGGAGGAGCUGGCUGGCUGCCACCACCUGACACCUGUUCGGCUCCCAUCGUUUUGAUUAAUCAUCGUCAGCAGGAAACAUGAAGCGUGUUCUGUGUCUUGCCAUAACGGUGGUGGUGGUAGUGGCAGCUGUGAUCACAGAUGCAGUGAGCCAGAAUCAGGAAGGUGAGCUGGAGGUGGUUGUGGAGCCUGAGGAAGAUCAGGAUGGAGAGCUGACCAUGACGGAUGGGUCAGCAGCAGGUGGCUCCACGGAUAAAGUCUUCAUCCCAACAGAUGAAUGGCAAACACUUGAAACAGGCCAAGCCAUACCUCGGGGUCUUCAUGUGCGCAUGAACCUCCAAACGGGUGUGAAGGAGGCCAAACUGCUGGACGACAAUGAGGAAGCUGAUGAUGCCAAUGCUCCAGAUGUGGCGGAGGGCACACAGCAACAGAGUGUCAACAAGGCAGUCAUUCCUUUAGAAAAGAAUGACUCCGACGAUGAGGCAGCAAUGGAUCCUAAAGCUGAGUUAAUGAGGGAGAACAUAAUCGAAGCCCUGAAGCAAAUUAAGAGUGAGGAUGGAUUGAACCCAGAGGAGAGUAUUGAAAUUGCACAGGAAAGAAAGAAGAAGCUACGCACCUAUGAAGAAAUUAAGGAAAAUUUUGAUGCGUUGAACAUCAAAAUUGAAACGGAUGUGGAAAUAUUGACCAAGCUGAUGAAUCGUUAUGAAAAUGCAAAAACAGACAAAGACCGUGCUAGUCUAUUAGAGGACUUAGAGUACUUGGUCCAUCAGUUUGAUAAUGCUAUUACCUUUGUGGAUAUGGGUGGACUGCAACAAAUAGUGCUGCCAGGAAUCAACUCAACAAGCAUUGAUAUCAAACAAAAAACUUUUCAUCUGCUUGGCUCAGCAGUACAGAGCAACCCCAAGGUGCAAAUAGCUUCUGUUGAACUUGGCCUUGUUGAAUCACUUAUCAGGGCUGUAACUCAUGAAACUGAGGUUAGUGUGGCACGUAAGGCAGUGUUUGCACUCUCUUGUUUGGUGAGAGGCUUUCCCUAUGGACAGCAGGUGCUGGUUCAGAAUGGUGGUCUGGAGGUACUGCGGAAAGUUUUUGAUAGAGGAGACUUCCAAACUGUGCCUCUGCAGUUGAAAGUGGUGGCUCUUCUUCAUGACCUAUUGAUAGAACGAGAAGAGGCAGAAGGAGAGAGACUGCAGCAGCUGAGACUAUUCAAAUUGGAUGAGCAGCUUGCUGUAGGAGGGUGGUGUCCUGUGGUCUCCUCCCUGCUGACAGUGGCAUCCUUUGAUCGCCGUGACCGCCGCUAUGACAUGGGUGCUGCCCUUAAGAACGAGAUGCCCUUAAGACCUGACCAUGACACAGUGGACAAGGUUGUCUCAGCAAUGAGCAGUAUGGUUGAGGUGUGUCGAUAUCAGUUCUUUGACACCCUGCCACUUCUUCGUCAUCUUGCCCACACUUAUGAUGACUUGGCCUACAAGGAACAGUUCCAGGACAAUGAUGAUGGUGGUCAUGCAUUGUUUAAGGGCCUGGCAGAGACUAUUCAAAGACUGGUGAGGAAAAUUGGCCUUAGAAAUGAAUUAUGAAUUUAACAUAGUUUACAUCACCAGUAACUGUGAUGAUGUAGUGAGCAGCAUUGCUGUCGGCAGGCAGUCAUACUGAUCCUGCCUGGCACAGUUCUGAAUCCUAGCCAGGAUGAGGAACCGAGACCUAGCAUACUUUGUUGUUCAUCACUAGCAUAAUUGAUCAGUGAAUAAGUAUUGUAUUUAUUGGCAUAUAAGACGAUCCUAAACCUUACAUGUUGCCAUUGAAUCAGUAACUUAUCACUACUGAACCAGCUGGUAGGUGUUGUUAGCCUCAUUGUCCCUGUGGAGAUUCAGUUGCAGUGUAUGUAAACAUUGCAGCCACUCAUCUGUAAGCAUUAUCCAGGAAGCAUUAAGUAUUUUAUAUUAUCACUAUCGGAUAUGACACGUAUAAUGGAGUGGUAAGAUUAAAGAAGUAAGGUAAUACGUGAAAUUUUAGUAUCGUAAAUGUCAUUGCAACACAAAGAAAUGAGUGGUGAGAACACUAUUACUGCCCACAAAGCCUGCUAAAGCUCAAAGCUAAAACGUAAAACUUAACCAAGGACAUUUUAGCAGCUUGUUAAUAAUAUCAUUUCACUGGUCAGUGGGAAGAGCAAUGAAAUAUUGGGGUUACUGGGACUACAAGAUCCAAUUGUGUCAUAUUUAGGGGCCGUCUUAUGCAGAGAACUUGCCUCUGAACUCGGUUUUAAUAUAAAUUUUGGAGGUCAUCUUAUACCCCAUUCAACUGGCAAAUAUGGUGCCCACCUUAGCAUUUAGAGGAGAUAACAAGUAACACAAGUGAUGCAGUGAUUGUGUUCAAGAAUACUCUUUGUUUUAUGAAUAAUCCAGACUCAGAGGCUGUUCAAUUAAAUAUUAACAAGGAUUUGCUCAAAAUCAUGUAUUUGUACUAUCUCUACAUUUACUUUUUUUUUUAUCAUUCUGAACUAUAAAGUGUGUUUAAUCAUUUAAUAGUUGUAUUGUUUAAGAACAAAAUGUGUUGGCAUCCACUUAUUCUGACUGUCGUAAUAUAUAUAUAUAUAUAUAUAUAUAUAUAUAUAUAUAUAUAUAUAUAUAUAUAUAUAUAUAUAUAUAUAUAUAUAUAUAUAUAUAUAUAUAUAUAUAUAUAUACAUACAUACAUACAUACAUACUGUAGGACAUCGCUUUAUUGUAAGAGAGUACCAAAGAAACUCAUGCCAAGUCAAGUUUGCAACUGGAAAGAAACAUAUUGUACUAGAUACAAAUUUAUUGACAUUCUAAAAGCAGUAAAAGGAUUAAGUGCAGUCCAUCCAAGGAUAAACAACAUACAAGUGAUGGAGCAUUUAUUCUGUUGAUAAAAUGCUUUGAUUUUACACAUGUUAAAUGACUUUUCUGGUAUUUGCAAGUGGAUGUCCAACACUGUAUCAUGAGUGUGUUUAGUGCACUAAGCUAUGAAUCCUCAAGUCUGGAUUGGAAUCCCAGCCCUAGGGAGUCGGUGUGCAGCCCACCUGGCUAUUCAUCCUCCUUUUCAGGCUGGUUGAUAAGCUUACCUGGGUAAACCUGGAGAAAGUAAACUGUGAUCACCUGGAUGUUGCUUAUGCUGUGUGUCCCAAGGAAAUGGGUUUUCCCCCACCACAGGCUUAAAGGUCAAUGGGAUUGAGAUGAGCAUUGAGGUCAUGUCCAGCUAUAGCGUGUGCUCCCAACUUUACUUUUACCUUACAUUGUUUCUUAACCCGUACAGUACCGGCCAAUUUCAAUAUUUUUGGCUAGCCCAGUACCGGCCUUUUUUUUUUUUUUUUUUGUUCCAUGUGAUGGGUAAAGUGAAAAAAAUAAGAAAAACACAUAUGUCAUUGACCUAAUUUUCGCAGGAGAACUCCACGAAGUGUUACCACGGUGUGGCUGGAAACGGCCCCUGUACGUGAUUGAUGGUUUAUGGAGGAUUUGACAAGUGAUGGAGGCCAGUCAGCCUAUUUUUGUUGCACACAGGUGUAGAAUACUCCAGAGAGCACCAUUUCAUGGGGUAUAAGUGUGGGAUUUUCAGAAUUUUCAUGACAGUAGAAUCUCGUGUUACAAAGGCGGCUCAAUAUAGCCUAUGUCCUCCUCAUCUGGCACAUAAUCCUUGUCCGAACCAGAGUCUGAGAGUGCUCCCACGUCUUCUUCAGAUGAGGAAACCGCAAACUCACUGUCUAUCGCUAUAUGGCAAAAGGAAUGGGCCGCCGCGACAUUGUUUACACCUGGUCUUGAUCUUGAUUGUGAUGUCACAGGUGGCUUGUGAUUCCUCCCCAGCUUGGGUAGUGUUUCCAAUGCUACAAACGCACUCAUGCAGUGUUGCCAUUAUCUGCAGCAGUCUCUGUAGCAAAAAUAAACCCGCUACAUCGACUGUAACAGUGUUUAGCAACAGUGUUUAGCAAGCCCGACGUUUAUACGCGUCACUAGUAUUUCUUGCAACCAUAGGCGCUGAAGCUUAUACGCAUCGCUAGUACUGUAUGGGUUAACACUUUCAGGAUUGCAUAUUCCUGAUGUAGUCCUAAAGGCAUGUAUGAUGAUUCUUUAAUAGAUCUGACAAGUUCUUGCACAAAGUUUCUUCAAGUGAAGGGAGAUUGGAGGAAGGGUUUUAUAUCAUAGUAUAAUUGCUCAAUGAAUGGUGAGACAGUACAGCCCUCAACUCCUAGGCUACAGGUAUUUAUUCCUGUGACUCCUGCAUCUGAUUUUUUUUAGUAGGUGCCGAAUGUAUUUUUUUUUUUCCUGAGCUCAGUUACUCCAGGGUAACUGCCUGGAUGCUUGCUUGGAGGGACUGUCAGGGGGUAGAGGUGGUAACCAAGUUAGAUAUAACAUGAUAUGCAGCACACGUCUUUAGAUUUUGUAAUGUGUCAGUCUUAUGUGAUGUGUAAGUAAUAAGGUAUUUAUUAACCUCUGAUGGUCUAGUCAUGGCAUUCAGGAUCAGCUAAACAAACUGUGUAUGUUUUGUGUAAUAUAAUUUAAGUACUUACAUGAAUAAAUUUCUGAACUUUG